ACAUGGUGACAGUCUCACCCCCUGCCCGUCUCUACAAAACAAAACAAAACAAUUAGCCAGGGAUGGUGGCUCAUGUCUGUGCUCCCAGCUACUCGGGAGGCUGAUGUGAGAGAAUCACUCGAGCCUCUGAGAUCAAGGCUACAGUAGCCGUGAUCACACUCCAGCCCCGGUGACAGAGACCCUGUCUCAAAAAACAAACAAAACAAAGAAUGUGAAAUUAAGCCAAAAGCCAUCACACGUGUUUCCAAAGGACAGCCGCCACCCGCACUCCCUUCCCAAAGCACGCGGGAGGUUGCGGGAUCAGGGACGCGGGCUUCAGCAGGGAGCCCCCCGACCGGCCCUGACGGGAAUUCAGGACCUGACGCCGGCUCAUUCCCCCAGUCGGGGCGGGGGCAGCAAGCCUCGGCCGGCGGCGAUCUGCAAACCUGCGGAGAAGGGAGGCAGGGGUCGCUUCCACAGCCCAGCGCCGCUAGUCCCCCGCGCCCCCGCGCGAGCGCGAGCCGCCGGCGGAAGUGUUGCGUCGCGCACUUCCGGGUGUUGUCUGGCCGCCGUAUCGCGUCUUGGGUCUCCCGGCCGCCGCCGCCGCCUCGGGUCGUGGAGCCAGGAGCUACGUCAGCGCCAUGGCAGGCAUCAAAGCUUUGAUUAGUUUGUCCUUUGGAGGAGCAAUCGGGCUGAUGUUUUUGAUGCUUGGAUGUGCCCUUCCAAUAUACAACAAAUACUGGCCCCUCUUUGUUCUAUUUUUUUAUAUCCUCUCACCUAUUCCAUACUGCAUAGCAAGAAGAUUAGUGGAUGAUACAGAUGCUAUGAGUAACGCUUGUAAGGAACUUGCCAUCUUUCUUACAACAGGCAUUGUUGUGUCAGCAUUUGGACUCCCUAUUGUAUUUGCCAGAGCACAUCUGAUUGAGUGGGGAGCUUGUGCACUUGUUCUCACAGGAAACACAGUCAUCUUUGCAACUAUACUAGGCUUUUUCUUGGUCUUUGGAAGCAAUGAUGAUUUCAGUUGGCAGCAGUGGUGAAAAGGAAUUACUGAACUAUUGUCAAAUGGACUUCCUGUCAUUUGUUGGCCAUUCAUGCACACAGGAGAUGAGGCAGUUAAUGCUGAAUGAUAUAGCAAGCCUCUUGGGGGUAUUUUAGGUGCUCCCUUCUCACUUUUAUUGUAAGCAUACUGUUUUCACAGAGACUUGCUGAAGGAUUAAAAGGAUUUUCUCUUUUGGAAAAGCUUGACUGAUUUCACACUUAUCUAUAGUAUGCUUUUUGUAGUGUCCUGCUGACUUUAAAUAUUUAUGUAGUUUUCCUGUUCAGUUUAUUGUUUUGGAAUCAAUAUGCAACGUUAAACACUUUUUUAAUGUAAUCAUUUGCAUUGAUUAGGAGUUCAGAAUUCCACCGGCUGUAUCAUUGGGCAAGUACAUCUUUUCUCUUAAAAUGAUUUAGCCUCCAUUAUUACAAAAAAUUAUAAAAAUAAGUUUUCAGUCAGUCAGGAUGACGUCACUCCCAAUGUUAUACAAACAUGCAGACAGUUGGCAUACGUUAUAAACUAUAUACUCAGUGCAAAUACAGCUGCAUUUAUACCUCAGAGGGGCCAAGUGUUAAUGCCUACGCCCCCCGCAAGUGUUGCUGGUUUUAUUAGUAGACAGCUGUUUUGUGAAUUGAAAAUUAUUUUAUGGAAUUGCUACAGAGUGCUUUUCUUUUCAAUUGUUAGAAGAAUUUAUGUUAAACUUUAAGGUAAGGGUGUAAAAACAGAUUUUUGAGAUGGGUUUUUAUUUAUGUUUAUUAUCAUUAGAGUGAGUUGCAAUGUCGGAAGAAAUGACGUUGAAAUUCCAGUUUUUGAAUCCUGUUUCUAUUUAUAAGUGAAAUUUGUGAUUUCCUAUCACCCUUUCAUGUUUUACCCUGGUAAAAUGGACAUACAUGGAACCACUACUGAAGAGGGACAGUUGUAUGUUUGCAUCAUAUGUACCAGAAAACCUUCCUCUGCUUCCUCCUUUUAACUUAUUUUGUAUGUUGUAUAUAUUACAUAAAAUAACUUUUCAAAUAUAGUUUAAUAACACAAGUGUUUACUUACCCGGAAAAUAAUUGCUAUGCCAUACGUUCAGACUGCCCCCCUCCCCUGCAAGGCCUUGCCAUAAUUAACAAGUAACUUGUCUUACAGAUAAUUCAUGCAUUAACAGUUUAAGAUUUAGACCAUGGUAAUGGUAGUUCUUAUUCUCUAAGGUUAUAUCAUAUGUAAUUUAAAAGUAUUUAAGACAAGUCUCCUGUAUACCUCUGAACUGUUUUGAUUUUGAUUUCAUCAUGAUAGAUCUGCUGUUUCCUUAUAAAAGGCAUUUAUUGUGUGAGUUAAUGCAAAGUAGCCAAGUCCAGCUAUAUAGCAGCUUCAGAAACAUACCUGACCAAGAAAUUCCCAGUAACCAGGCAUGAUCAGUUGGUAGUGGUCAUUUUCAUCUAAAAAUUAUCAGGACUUUUUUCGGGAGCGGGUUAUAAAAACAUUCAAGUUGGUCUGACAGUAUUUGUUAAGGAUAUUUGUAUGUUUAUUUAGUAUAUUUACAGAGAAAUUAUUUCAACUACAGCCAAAACUCAGUAAUCAUGACAGCUAUCUUUUGUUGUUUAUGAAGUUUAUUUCUCAAGAAAAUGGGAACAAAUUUGGGGUUUGUUAGCUUUUUUACUAAAGAUGCCUAAAGCCACAGAUUUUAUUGUCUAACUCAAGCCAUGACUUUUAGCUAUGAGAUGACAGGAAGCAGGGCAUGUGGCUGGAGCCUUUACACUUGAGGUGGAAAGUGGCUUGUGGUAUGAUAAUGUUCAGACUUAAAGAGGAAAGUGCAGGUGCACAUGAGUCAGACAGCUGGUGAGACAGUUGGGAACUCUUUGUGCCUGUGAUCUGGACUUUUUUUGCAGGAAGUGCAUUCUCUGGUCCUUCUCCAUUUUCUGUUCUAGAUGUCAGUGCAGUGCACUGCUGCUGUUUUAUCCACUUGGCCAUAGACUCUUUUUCUAACAGCUGCAUUUUCUUUCUAUAUACUAAUUGCAUUGGCAGCAUUGUGUCUUUGACCUUGUACACUAGCUUGACAUAGUGCUGUCUCUGAUUUCUAGGCUAGUUACUUGAGGUAUGAAUUUUCCAUAGAAUAUGCACUGAUACAGCAUUACCCAUUCUUCUAUGGAAAGAAAACUUUUGAUGAUGAAACAAUAAAGAUUUUAAAUAUCUAUUUU